AUGUACUCGCUGGUCUGGGCGUGUGACCUGAUGGUGCGGAUCGACCCGCUGGACGUAUUCAUCCUCCUCAUCUCCUGCAUCUGCCACGACCUGGACCACCCCGGCUACAACAACAUCUACCAGAUUAACGCCGGCACCGACCUGGCGCUGCGCUACAACGACGUAUCGCCUCUGGAGAACCACCACUGUUCUGUGGCGUUCACCAUCCUCCAGGAGCCGGCCGCCAACAUACUGGCCCGCCUGAGCCCCGCCGAGCAGCGGCGCGCGCGCGAGGGUAUCAUUCGCUGCAUCCUGGCCACCGACAUGGCCAGACACAACGAGAUCAUUGGCCAGUUCCGCGAGAUCGUCGACGAGUUCGACUUCUCCGAGCCGAUCCACGUGAACCUGCUGUCAAUGAUCCUGAUCAAGAUAGCCGACAUAUCAAACGAGGCUCGCCCGGUACCGGUGGCCGAUCCCUGGAUCGACUGUCUCCUACAAGAGUUUUACAACCAGAGCGACCGUGAAAAGGCCGAGGGUCUGCCCGUGACACCGUUCAUGGACCGCGAGAAGGUCAACAAGGCCGCCUCCCAGUGCAACUUCAUCUCGUUCGUGCUGAUGCCGCUUCUUACGGCCGCUGCCGAGCUGCUCAAGGAGCUGGAGGGUCUGGUGCUGCACCCCGCCCGCGAGGCUCUGGAGCACUACUCCCGGCUGAAUGAGCUGCCCCGCUCGGCCCGGACCAGCCUGGAGACGACGAGUGUACUGAGCGGCUCGUCCCCUACCGCACCCAUCGAGCCCGUCCCUGAGGACACAGAGACCUCUGAGGACACCCUCAACGAGGCAGAGGUCAGCGAGCGCUCGGCCAAAUUCAAGAUCGCCACCCGGAACGACUCGGUGUGCCGCCGGGUGAGCGAGGACCCUCCGACAUCCGUCUCGCUGCCCAGCUCCGGCUCCGGCGAGGGCAGUCUGCGCAUCUCGCGCUACUUCCGCUGGAUGCUGUCGCGGACGGAGGAGAAGCGGCCCUCCUGGUCGGGCCCGGAGCGCACGGCCGGCGCCGUGGUCGGCAUGAUGACGGCCGACCGGCGCCGGCCCGCCUCCAGCCCGCACGACGCGCGACUCAUCACCAACGGACGGUCCGGGGCGCGCGCCUCGCCCGUGCGCGCGCCAAAACCCGGCUACCUGCGCUCGCUGGUGCUGAAGAAGCGCGAACAAUCGGCCGGCGCGCGCGACGGCUCCAGUUAGACGCGGUGCUGGCGGCGGGCGCGCGGGUCGCGACCGGCGCUGGCUCGAGCGGUGUGCGCUUCUGUGAAGGCGGCGGAGAGUCCCAGCGGGGCAGCGGGUGGUGCGAGGCCAGUGCGAGGUACCCAGGUGUCGGGUGGUCCCGAGACGUGCGCUGCGGCGCUGCUGAGGUAGGGACGGCCCAGUUACGUUCGGUCGGCGCUGCUCCCGGUACUGUGGGCGUCGCUCGCUGUUGUGUUGGUGUUUGCCGUCUCGUCUAAUGCCAAAUCUCGCUGGGCCGAUGGGGCGGGGCCGACCGGAGGGGUAUCGCGCGGCAGACAGCCGGGAGGUGUCGAGUCUCAGUGAGACUGGGGUUGGCUGGUUCUCAGUGUUUCGUCCGGGUCAGAUUAUAAACGAGCGAUGCUCCGCUCGGGAACAGGACCGACUUGCGGCUGCCACUCCUGUCGCCAAUGCCCCAGUAUUUUUUUUUUCUCUCUCUCAAAUGUUUCGGUGCGUGUGAUGCCGCUUCGGCAGCAUAGAGGCCCGUGCAUAUCACUAUGUAGAUGUGUGUCAUUCCAUAGAUUGUGGACCAACGUCCUUUUUACUGUUAGUUGGUCAAUGUGAAGUUUCAGUGCUACUUAAAAGAGAUUUCAAGCGUAGACCUGACAAAAGUUGAAUGACUAUCAUACCACAAAUUUUGCAAUGCCCGGUGCAUCGUAGUAUUUGGUGAGACGAUGCCCAAAAUAAGCUGCCGAAGUGGCAGGCUUGUGCUUAUUUAUUAUAAUUUAUUUUUAAAACCCUUUCGAUUUACGUUGUCGUGGUUCAUAUGCGGCCUAUGCAAUGCUCAGUUGUUCUCUGUCUUCUGGUAACAAGUCUGACCAUGUCUGACAUAACAUGCGACACUAUCUUAUCGGCACAACAAAAGUCAAACACUAUAGCUCCUAUCCCUCAGACCUAAAUAGCCUACAUGUCCCUAUACAUAUAAUAUUCAUAUCAGGUCAUAUAUGUCAUGUGUUGAGCUGUGGUGAAAGGAAGAGCUCUUAAGAGCAGAGCGAGAUGGGACAAGUAGGAUUGUUGAUAUUGUGUCAGGUAAGUCAGCUGUAUCUGUUAAAGAAACGAAUGACCUUGCGGUAGCCAUUUUCGCAGGGGAGCUGUGCGCUUUGUGCAGCGAAGUGCACAGUUACCGAUGUGUUAUCAUACCAUAGGCUAUGCUGUUAAAGAGCAGUAUGGUGCAUGUGUCUGAGAGUUGUAUAUCGAGAAUAUCGACGGCUGCUGGGCGGCCCCAGUCACAGUUUGUGCGCUGUGCGAUAGUUCCGAGGAAGGGGCGUGUGUAUGGCACGGCUACCGGCGCUGGUUUUGUACGCCCUGUUUUCGUUGAUUCGUCUGUUUGUUUCGCCUCUGCAGUGCAGUACUGUGGUGUGUGUGCCCGGGUGACCUGUGCCCCGUUCAGUGAUGUUAUUCGGGCGGCGCUCGGGCACAGCUCGGCGGCUGUCCUGGCGCCGCGGCGAGCUCGCUGUUAGGUCCGGCGUGGUUCUCGUGCGAGGGGAGCGGUCGGCUGACAGGUUCAGUUGCGACUUACCAAUGAGACAUAGUCACGGGCUACGGUACUCGGGGCGGAACUCGCGCAGCGCCUGACACCCGCCCGCGGGCCAGCGCGAGAGCGUUAUAUUCCGUCUGUGUGCGUGAGUGAGUGUGUGCAGGCGCUCUCGCUGGUUCAUGUGCCAAUGUUGUGUUCACCGGUCGCGGUGGGCGAGACUUCCAGUAUUAGCUGAAUGUGCGACGUCGCCGCGCUCGACAGACAAAGCCCGGACGUCGCGCUUCACUCGGGUAUUGCUGCCGCCGUUUGAUACUGACAAUGGUUGAUCAAAAGCUACGCUUCGCAUUGAUGUUGAUAGUUGAUACAGUUGUUUGUAACUCUGGUCCGCAU